AUGGAAGUAUUCAAUGAAUACACUCUGUACCAUGGGUGGAUGAAGCUUUAUCUGGAGUAUCAAAGAUGGAAUUGUAUGCUAAGGCUUAGUGCCAGUAUAGAGCUUGAAGUCUUUAUGGAUGUGCCGAUCUUUAUCCGUACAUAUUACCGACCUGCGAACAUGGAUGAUUCGUUCAGGUACGGGAUAAUAUUUAGGAUGUACGAUUUGGCUGUCUAGUUACAGUGGGGCAAUGUCAUGAAAUUGCUACCAGUAACUAAGACUCAAGUAGAGACAAAAAAAAAACCACUCAAUUUGAAUUGGUGGUUAACAGAAGGCCAUUUCAACUUAUGCUCUAAAAAGAUAGAAAGCAUUGUUGAUAAAGCCCUCUCUUUAUAUAAAGAGGGCUUUGCGCAUUCGGAUAAAGGAAGAUUCUGAUAUUCACAUAGGUAUUUAAGCCUACUUCGGGGAUCUGAACAGCUUCCCCUCAAAUGGGAGCCGUUUAAGUCAUCUUAAAAGAGUCCUCGACUGUAUUGGAAAAACAAAAAGUCCAAUAUGGCAGGAGAUCUCUAAUUUUAUUGAGAGCUUCCAAUCAAAUUAGAUUGUAAAGUAGUAGUCUUGUGUAAAAAAAACCUGGUGGGGCGGGGUCCAAGCAAGCGUAAGGGGAGGAGGGCUAGGGUGGAAGGGUCGUCGAAGGAGAUGCAUUUCUAGUAUAAGUGGUAUUGGACAAGAUCUCAGGGAAUCAUCUCUUUCAGAUUUCUGCCUUUCUUUCCCAUGACGACUAGGAAAAGGCAAAUCAAAAAUUUUACUUCGAAUUUUGGACCUCAACAUCCUGCUGCUCAUGGUGUUUCACGAUUAAUAUUGGAAAUGAACGGAGAAGUGGUGGAACAUGCGGAACCACUUAUUGGAUCACUCCAGUGCGGCACGAAGCCGCUGACGCCGAGUCGGCUCCUAUGCCGCUAGCUAUGCCCUGCUUGGUCCCCCAGCACGGUGGAGGUUCCAUAGCGGGUCAUGAGCACCGGGCUAAGGGGUGAAGUCACUCGACUGAAAGGAGAGGGCGUAAGCAUGACUCGAGCACCUGUCUAGAGAGGGGUGGUUGAGCAACUCAAGUGAACCACCCUACCUUACUACAACAUAGGGACAGAGGGGAGAAGGUUGUGAAGGUGGCCUCGUUAUCCACACCUCUGGUCGGAUGAAUGGAGGACCGCCCGACCCGGUUUUCAUGAGCGUUGGCGGGUCUUGCAGUGCCUGUCAAAGGCGCUAGCGCAUACCCCGGGGUGAUCAUCAUCACCUGCACCUCACACCUCGGCGUAGUGGAACGUGUAACCCGCCUGCUGUCUCAUUCAACUACAUUUGUUCCUGUAAUCUAUAGCCUAACAGAAGGCAGCGUCGAGGGGCUUUAUCAACUCGACUGAAAGGAGAGGAGAGAAAUUCCCAUACAGCCAGCGGGGAGGAUGGCAUUACAGGCAAGACCGUCUGGCGAGAACGCACCAGGGGCGAAGCGUGGUAGGCGUGCGCCGGGUGAGCAUAGGGGGAAAGGGAUCCCGGACGGUGGAAGAGCCAGGGGAGGCCGGGUCAUUUGACGGAAAUGGAAGGAGGAACCCUCUUAUAGAAAGCCCUAUGAAGUUAAGGGAAGUGAAUGAAUUCUUGGAAAAAUAGGGAGCGAGCUAAUAUAUAAAAUGUAAGAUAGUCAAUUAUUCAAUGAAUAGAUGAUAAAGUCAACCAUACGACUGAAUAGCUUCCGAGGUCGAGCAGUCUCAAUUUCACAACAGGAUUUACGAAUGAAUGUUGGGCUGGGCCACCUCGAAUGGCAUGAGCCGCAUGCGGGGAGACCCGCACGUACGGUUUUUAGGGGGACCUGUCCGAAAGACCGGCCGGCGCCCACCCGAC